AUGGAUGGUCUCUCCUUAAACGCCUGGAUUAUCGGGAUCACCGCACAAGGUGACACCCGUACAAAUCCAUCUCACAUUACCACGUCUCGGACAUUAGAGAAAUCAAAUUCUCCUCCUCUUCCUAAAACACGGCCAUGGAGUUUUGCUGUGAGAUAUCCUCUUACAUCUUUCUUUUCCGUUGAUUGUAACCGGUACGAUGCGGUGACUGUUUCGGAAGAUGAGAAAGAAGAAAGUGUUAGGAACGAAAAGAAUGGCAAUUGGGUGUUGAGGGUUUUGCAAGUUAGAUCAUUCUGGAACACAGAUGGCUAUGAAAAAGUUAACAAUCAUGUGCAAAAUGACAAUGAGCUUUCCAUCGAUGAAGAGUAUUGUGAUGCAUGCAGGGUUGAUGAUGAUGUCGACGAUAAACUCAAAUUUGAUAGAGGUUCAUUUUCAAAAAUGCUCUGGUCGGUUUCUUUGGUGGAAGCAAGGUUGUAUGCUCAAAUGGCUUAUUUGGGAAGCUUAUCUUACACCAUACCAAAAAUCAAGCUUGGGAAUCUCCUGAAACAUCAUAGACUUCGAUACGUUACGUCUUCAAUAGAAAAGAAAUCUGAGCUGGCAUCCAAAUCCAAGAAAGAAAAGGCAUCGGAGGACGUCCGACAAGGAGAAUACAUCAACUUGGAGACCGAUGCAAAGGAUCAAGUGAAACAGUCUGUUGUAGAUGAUUUGAACUUGUUAUGUUCAUCACCUUGUGAAUGGUUCAUUUGUGAUGAUGAUGAUGAAGGUAGCACGAGAUACUUCGUCAUUCAGGGCUCUGAAUCAAUUGCAUCAUGGCAAGCCAAUAUACUCUUUGAGCCUGUUCAGUUUGAGGCACAAGAUGUAAUUGUCCAUAGAGGUAUAUAUGAGGCAGCAAAAGUGGUUUAUGAGCAGUUGUUGCCACAUGUCCAUCAACACUUUGAACGUCAUGGGAAACGUGCAACCAUCCGAUUGACUGGUCAUUCUCUUGGAGGAGGUUUAUCGUUGCUUGUAAACCUCAUGUUAUUAAUAAGAGAUCAGGUCCCUCGUUCAUGUUUACUUCCGGUAAUCACGUUUGGAGCACCAUGGGUUAUGUGUGGUGGAGAUCGUUUUCUUCAUAAGCUUGGAUUACCAAGAAACCAUCUCCAGGGAAUCACCAUGCAUCGUGACAUCGUACCCCGAGCCUUCUCCUGCAACUAUCCCUCUCAGCUAGCUGACAUUCUCAAGGCCAUAAAUGGGAAUUUUCGAAAUCACCCCUGCCUAUCUAACCAGAAUUUGUUGUACGCUCCAAUGGGGGAAUUUUUGAUCCUGCAGCCGGAUGCAAAAGUUUCUCCAAGUCAUGAGCUACUCCCAGUAGGAUGUGGUUUGUAUGUUUUGAGGUGUGAAGGUGCAGGCGAUGCAAACAAGCAAACCAUGGCUGCACAGUCUGUUUUCUUGAACACACCACACCCUUUAGAUAUUCUAAGAGACAGGUGUGCAUAUGGUUCAGAGGGAGGCAUUCAGCGAGAUCAUGACGUGGAAACCUACCUAAUAUCCAUUCGGAGUGUCAUCCGUCAAGAGCUUAACCGUGUUAAAAGGAGUAGGAAGCGAGAACAUGUUUGGUGGCAGCUUGUAGGGGUGAAUCAAAGUGAAGUGCAGUUGUUUUUAUAUGGUGGAAAAGAGUAUUUGAAAUGGUUAAGAGUGGCGGUUGCCUCCAAUCACAUGUAUUUGAUAUGUUUUGUUAGGUGGUUGAUCAUGGAGGCAUGCAGUUGGAUCACACCUUAGAUAAAGGUCACUUAUGCAUGCAAGGGGAUCCUUAUAGUUAAUUGAAUGUUUAAUAAAAACGCGUGUUUAAAUAUAUAAAGGGAUG